AUGGAUUGUAUGCGUAAUCAGCUGCAAGAAGGUGUAGUGCUCAAUGGACGGUACAAGACCAUCUCCCCUCUCAACCAUGGUUCCUUUGGGAUGGUCUUCCAGGCCAAGGACCUCGUAACCGGCAACAUCGUGGCUGUAAAGGUCAUCACCAAGUCUGCCCCCGCCACUCCGCUCACCUGUUCCCCCGUCGGCAUCGACGAGCGCUCCGAGGAGCUCGACAUCCACAAGCGCAUUGCCUCGCACCCCCACGUGGUCAACCUUCUCGAGUCCUUCGAAACCCAAAACCACGUCUUCCUCGUGCUCGAAUUCUGCGCAAAUGGCGACCUCUACGAAGCCAUCCGCAACGGCAGGGGUCCGCGGGAGACGGAGCACGUGCGCGACUUCAUGCUUCAGCUUGUGGAUGCCGUCGAGUUCAUCCACUCUCGCGGCGUCUACCACCGCGACAUCAAGCCGGAGAACAUCUUCCUCACCCAGUCCGGCGCCAUGAAGCUUGGUGAUUUCGGCCUCGCUACUACCGAUGUCUGGUCCUAUGAGAUUGCUGUUGGAAGCGACCGCUACAUGGCACCCGAGCAGUAUGACCCAGCUAGCUCUGGCUAUUCCACGGCCAAGGCAGACAUCUGGGCCAUCGGUAUCUGUCUGCUCAACGUGCUCUUCUCCCGCAACCCCUUUGCGGUGCCCAAUACUUCCGACCCUCUCUAUGCGGAUUUUGUUCUCGAUCGCGAGUCGUUGUUCGACGUCUUUCCCAACAUGUCCUCGGACACGUUUGAAGUCCUGAGGUACUGCCUGGCCGUCGAUCCCGAGAAGCGUGACCUUUCCCUGGUUAAGGAUGCGCUCAGGAGCGCCGUCAGCUUCACCACCGAUGACGAGAUUCUUGAUGAGUUCUGCACCGAGAAGCGUGAACCCGUCGUUGCGAGCGCCAAUCGCGAGCCUCUCCGUACGCCGUCUCUUUCGACCCCGCAGCUCGACCAGGGAGGAUCUUUCCCCUGGGCCAAGGCAUUGGCCAUGUCGCCGCCCCAGCCCAUCCGCCAGCUGUCCGCCAUCCCGGAUACGGAAAUGUACGCGGACGACCUGUUUCCCCCCUCGCUGCAGUCCAACCACAAGUGGUUCGACAUCAAGCCCCACAAUGCUUCGGCCGCCUCCUUUGUCGACUCUGGUUUGGGCCUUUCAUUCCAGUCCACGGAUGACGCCCCGUCCUCCAAGGCUGUUGACAUCACGCGGUCCCGUCCUGUACCCAUCUCUGGAUCUCUCCCAGCCACCGCUGCCAGGCCCAUGCACAGCAUGGCCUCGGUCUUCGGCAAGAAGCGUGACACCUUCUCCAAGAGCUGGAGUGAUCUAUGGGACGAGGAGGAGGAA